GCGCUCCGGAAGUUUUUGUCCACAUGUUCACUUGGUUCUUGAGAUCUGUGACGAAUACAUACAUACUAUCAAAACCCGUCAUUAGCUACGUUGCGCGCUUGACAAAAUGGCCGCAAGACUGAGCCUAAGGGUGCGAAACCGCUCCAAGAAAGGCGGCUUCAAGCGUCUGCCCGAGUCCAUCGAGCUCCCCACCGACGCUACUGUCGAGGAUGUGAAGCGCGCCGUUGCUAAAGAGGCCAAGGUCUCAGAUUUCAACCGCAUAGGCGUCCACGACCCCAAGACCAAUUCUAUCCUCAAGGAUCGCAAGGCCCUAAUCAAGGAUCUGCCAAAUGUUUUGUCUGCUGGAGAGGUGCUGGUGAAGGAUCUGGGUCCCCAAAUCGGCUGGCGGACGGUCUUUUUCAUUGAAUACUUUGGCCCGAUCCUUUUUCACUGCAUCUUCGCCGCAGGUCGAGACUACAUCUACCCCGCGCUAGGCAGCUAUCCCGGGUCCGCCUCUGGCAAGCCUUUGCCGGCCUUGACAACGAUCCAACAGCUUUCAUUCGCCCUUUUCAUAAUUCACUUUAUGAAGCGCGAGGUGGAGACGGUCUUCGUCCACCGCUUCGCGGCCAACACGAUGCCGUUCUUUGCCCUCUUCCGCAACUGCUUCCUAUACUGGGUGUCAGCUGGCUUGGCCUGCAGUUUCGUCUUUUAUGCGCCGGCCAACUACAGCCUCUUUGGGGGUGUUCCUCUCUUCCAGGAUAUCGCUCGCUCGGAACUGAGCGUGAUGGACUACCUAGGCCUUGCCCUCUUUGUUUACGGCGAGGUCUGCAACGGCAUCGUCCACCUCCACCUCGCGAACCUGCGCGCUCCUGGUAGCACCGAGAAGGGCAUUCCCUCCUGCGUUGGGAGCAGCAUGGUCACAUGCCCCAACUACAUGUUUGAAGUCAUAGCUUGGGUCGGCAUGAUCUUGGUCUCCAGGUCGUGGACAACCCUCAUCACUAUCGUUAUGGGUGGCUACUACAUGAUGAUCUGGUCGAUACAGAAGGAGAGGGCGCUGAGGCAGCUGUUCCCCGACAAGUACAAGAAGAAGCGUUACACUAUGCUUCCUGGUCUCAUUUAAUAUGCAUGGCUUGACAGUGUUCAGCUUUAGUCUGACCACUCUGUCCGUUGUUAUUUAUUCGUUUCCAAGAUGUUCUCGUUGUUGGGAAAUGCCUAUCGGUGGCUUGUGCGUUUGAAAAAGAGGUCAUGAUUCAUUCUGACACUUCAGGGAGGUCAAUUUGGAGCAGAUAGAGGUGUGCAAGGUCAACUCCAGGUUGAAACAAUUUGUAGUAGAAUAUUGUAUCGUUGCGUAAUCAUAAUGUCGUGAGUCGUUGGACUUUUAAAAGCAAGGAAAUCUCAAAAAGAAAAACGUUAACAUGGUCCAAGGAAAGACCAGUUGCUUAUUGUGCAGGUGGACACUCCUCGACAGAUAUUGUGGUACUCUGUUGGUCAACCCAUGCAUCUGAAGAAUCCUCGUGCUCUUUGAUCAGAGAGUCCUCGGGCAAUGGUACCUGGCAGGCUAUGUCGAUGUCUACCGGCGACCAGUCUUCCUCGGGAAGUGGUAUACAACAGGGAUCGACAAAGGUUGUUUUCGAUACUAGGGGGUCGUCAUCAUUGUGAUGCUGCUGUAUGGGCUGAGACAUGCCCGGAAGUCCUUCUGGUCCGUCAGGAACUUUCAGAGCGUCUCCCUGUUCUCGGUUGCGGGGGUUGGCAUCCGGCACUUCUUCACCAUCGUCAGCACUCCCAUCCCAGUCGCUCCCCCCGCAGUCCGAACAGCACUCUGAGCACCGACAGCUGCUGCAGCUGCCCUCGUCGCUGUCGCCCUCCCUGACCAGCCGCAUCGUCUCCUCGACGGCCAGGAAGCGCUGCUCCAGCAGCUCGGUCCAGUUCUGUAGGUCGCCCACCUCCCUCAGCUUCCAGCUGACGUCUUCAACCACCUCCUCGAGCUGGCGGUUGGCCUGGCGAAGCGAGCCGGUGGCGCGCACCACGUCGGCCUGCUGCUUCUUGAUGACGCGCUCGCCGCGGUGCAGCGCCGUGGCGCGGGGCACGAGCUCACGGUCCAGAAUGUUUGCCAUGGAGGCUUCGAGAGCCGCGCGCGCCUCGGCGACAUUGUUGGCUUGUUGUUGUUGUUGUUGUUGUUGCUGCUGCUGCUGCUGCUGCUGCUGGUACCCGGGAGACGUCGGCGACGUCGGCAGGCCAAAGUCCGGAGGUCGCC